GUUAUGCUCUGUGAUCGUUUACUAAACCUGUCUUGUAUAAGCAUUACAAAGCGAAGUUGGAGUACUGCGUGGUUGGAGUGUUUUGUAUUCACCCACUCGAUCUCUUCAGACAAUUUGGAAAAGAAGGAGAUCUACAUCAAGACGCUGAAUUUGACUGUUUCAGAAUAUCAAGCUGGUUUUUGGAAAAGUUGCCGGUGGCUAGUUAGCUAGCUGACUAACUAGCUAGUUAGCUUUGGUGGAAUUAGCACCACAUUUGUAAUUAGUAUUUAUUGCCAGCUGCCAUUGGAAAGUCAUUCUGUCAAUUCUAUAUUUACAUUUUAACUUCUUGUCUUAAUUGUCUUCAUAGGGGAUUUCAUUUUUACAGUCUUGACCACCGUGUCAGUCACCUAGCAAGUAGCAAUGCUCAGCAAGACUAACGUCGGUGUUAUAAAGAACAUUUUGGGAUCCAUCGGUGGAUUUCCUAGUCUUAGAUUGAAAUAUGCAGAAAGUGCCGUCAACGCCGUUCAUCGUGAGAGGGAACUGAUUAAAAGCAGAGAGUUGGAGAAAGAUGAACUACGGCCGUUGUACAUGGACUUCCAGGCGACCACACCGAUGGACCCAAGAGUUUUGGAUGCCAUGCUUCCAUAUCAAGUGAACUAUUAUGGAAACCCCCAUUCCAGAACACAUGCUUAUGGCUGGGAGAGUGAAAGUGCAAUGGAGAAAGCCAGAAAGCAAGUGGCAGACCUGAUUGGUGCCGACUCCAGGGAGAUUGUGUUCACCAGCGGCGCUACAGAGUCCAACAACACUGCAAUCAAGGGCGUCGCUCGGUUUUAUAAAGCGAAGAAGAGGCACAUCAUCACCAGCCAGACGGAGCACAAGUGCGUGCUGGACUCCUGCCGUGUCCUGGAGUCGGAAGGGUUCGAUGUGACGUACCUCCCCGUGCAGACCAACGGCCUGAUUGAUCUGAAGCAACUGGAAGCAACAAUCCGGCCAGAUACAAGUUUAGUGUCGGUGAUGACGGUGAACAAUGAGAUUGGAGUUACGCAGCCAGUGCAACAAAUAGGGCAGAUAUGCCGAUCGCGGAACGUGUUCUUCCACACGGACGCCGCUCAGGCCGUCGGGAAGGUUCCCAUCAACGUCAUGGACUGGAAGGUGGACCUGAUGUCCAUCAGCGGCCACAAGAUUUACGGCCCGAAAGGUGUGGGAGCUCUGUACGUGCGCCGGCGGCCCAGGGUUCGGCUGGAGCCCCUGCAGAGCGGGGGCGGGCAGGAGAGGGGGCUGCGCUCGGGCACGGUGCCCACUCCGCUGGCCGUGGGGCUGGGGGCCGCCUGCGAGAUCGCCCAGCAGGAGAUGCAGUAUGAUCACCACUGGAUAUCUAUGCUGGCGAACCGGUUCAUUGAGAAGGUCAUGGCGGAGAUUCCCAAUGUGGUGAUGAACGGAGACCUGGAGCAGAGAUACCCAGGAUGUAUCAAUCUGUCCUUCGCCUACGUGGAAGGAGAGAGUCUGCUGAUGGCUCUCAAGGAUGUUGCCCUCUCAUCUGGCAGUGCCUGUACCUCAGCCUCUCUGGAGCCCUCCUACGUGCUGCGGGCCAUUGGAGCAGAUGAGGACUUGGCUCACUCUUCCAUCAGAUUUGGCAUUGGCCGAUUCACCACAGAGGCAGAAGUGGACUACACAGCCAAUAAAUGCAUCCAGCAUGUCAAGCGUCUGAGAGAAAUGAGUCCACUGUGGGAGAUGGUGCAGGAGGGAAUCGAUCUGAAGAGCAUAAAAUGGACCCAGCACUGAAGACCUGACAGGAUAGCCAUCUGAGAAACACAGAGCAUUGAGUGUACCUAUCCAGCAUGGAAUGCCUUUCCUAGGAUGGCUUAGGACAUUUUCCCAGAUGUUUUUCCUGUAAUCAAACAACAAUCACGCACAACCUUUUACUUCAUUUUUGAAAUACAUUUGUAUGAGCUGGUUAUGUUUUGCUUAUUUUUUAUCUGACAGGAAAUGAUUGGUGAAUAAAUGAUGCAGUGGCAGAUGGGUAACUUUUGUUUCCAUAACAAAAUUACUGCAAUUCACUUAACUCUAUGAGGUGAUUGUAGGGGGAAAUAUUAGUCAUUUCUCAUUGCCAAAACAACUACAUUCCAGUGGGAUUCUGGACAGAAUUUGUACACAAAUGGCAAUAAUUUGAAUAUGGGUUCACAAUGUCAGAAUGAAAGAUCAUUGAUAUUUUUAUGGGUAUUUCAGACACCAAGUAGCUCUGGUUGUACAUCAUUUGACCAAUUUUGUCCCUAUUUUUAAAAUGGCAUAUCUGAAUUCAUUGGGUUAAGCCCUCCCCCUAGCAUUUAGGAAAUAAGCUGUAAACUUUCAGCAGUAAAUGGUCAGGCUAUGUGGUAUGAAGUUGUGCAAAUUAACCUUCAUGAGCAGUGUUACAGUCUUGAGUGUUUCAAGUCAGGCAUAGAGAAUAAUCACGUAUACAUAUUUAAUCUAUACACCUCUAGGUCAUCCACACUCCAUGUAACAGUUCCUUUGCAGUUGUAUGUAAAUUUAUAUUUUAUGUGAAAAGAAUAAAAAAGAUUGUUAGUGGGCACAGAAAUUCAAAGAAUGCCAGUGUGUAUGCCAUAGCACUUAAUCUGUGAGGCAAACUGAAAACUUGGUUGAAAAAGUUCAAAAACCCGUACUAUCAUCUUCUAUUGGGAGCCACAUUGUCACUAAAACGUUCAUAAAAUGAUUCUAUACAACAUAGCCUGCUAGGUGAUUUUAUGGAUUUACUUGAACAUGCCAUUCAGCAAUAUGCCUGUAACAUAUCUAUCAUCCGUAAGCUUAGCCGUCCACUUGGAUGCAUAGCUCUCUUAGCGGCACCACCAUUAAAUCCAUCCCAUACUUCACUGUAUUAAUAAACUAUUGUGAAAAUGUA